AUGGUCCCGGCCGUCCGCGUGGUCCAUCUCGAUUCGAGGGAUGCACUGGCGUGUGGGAACAGUCUGAAGGAAAAGACUGUCGUUGUCACGGGUAUGUCUUUCAAGCACUCGGGCACUCGCCACUCGGCGACGCAGUGUCUCGGCGAGGACGGGGAUGACUUGACUUUCGCUCUCGGCGAUCAUCACAUGAUCAGGUGCCAGUUCUGGCUUCGGCAAGGCUUUCUCGAUUCAAGCUGCUCCCUUCGGGUAAGUGCUAUUCAAAAACGUGACUUUGCUGGACCCCGGUGACAUGCAUGAGAACGCCGCAUUUAUCGUCACUCCUUCUCCUCUACCCGACAGAGCUUGCUUGGUCAUCUCGGAUGUCAAUAUUCGAGGUCUCGAGUUGGUAGCUGAGGAGAUCAGGUCUGCCGGGGGGUGAGCGAACAUCGCAACGGCCCUAAGAGGUACUUCAUGUGCCCUAAAUAGUCACUUUUCAUACUUCGCCGAAUCGUGCGGCGCAUCCCAAGCCGUGCGACACGUCGAAUUGGGACCACCAGCUCGAAAUGUUUGUGAGUCGAGCCUGUUCAUUCCUUUAGCAUAACCCUCCCGCCUCAGGAAGGCGAAAAGGAGACCUUUUUUUGUUAGGCCGACCUCAAGCACUGACUGUUCAUCAUCUGCAGGAAUUUGCGUGUGAGACUUUUGGUCGUGUAGAUGUUGUGGUCGCUAAUGCAGGCGUCGGAGAGAUGAGCCAGUUCAUGAAGGAGGAAAACCUUGACGCGUCCGGACAUCUCACGGUAUGCCGCGCUUUCACUCUCUACCCCAAGACAACGCCCGACUUGUCCAAGUUUCUGAAUCUAUGAACUGAGUUUGGGCAUCAUUUUUAGUGACCAAGCAUCCUCACCAUCGAUGUCAACCUCAUUGGAGCGCUGUUUAGUGAGUCCUCCCGCCCCCCAUAGUUCGAUGUCCAAGGCGCUACUGGACCGUCGACUGAACCUGUUCAUUUUUUCGUCACUCCAGCUAUCAAGAUCGGCUACCACUACUUGAAGAAGAAUCCUGCAAAGGAGGGCAAAGCUCUUCUAUACAUCGGAUCCAUCUACAGUGCCAACGCGUUACCCAAAGGACCCCUAUACGCCACCGUGAGCCCAUCCUAAUCGUCCUCACUUCCUGUGCACGAUGCUGAUCCCAGCUGCCAUCGAUACUAGACAAAGCACUCCAUCUACUCUCUGUUCAAAUCUAUGUACGCAGACUGUCAAGAAGCCGGGAUCGCGUGCGUCCUUCCUACCAGGCUCCGCUUAACAUGGUAACAGCGCGGCAGCGCUGAAGCUUGUCCCACCCGCAGCACCAACAUCAUGGCACCCUGGUUCGUAAGAACAGGAAUUGUCGCCAUCAGGACCGCGAUAGUACUUCACGGCCUUCCCUACGCCUCCAUAUCCGACGUCGUAGCGGGUAUGAUCAAAUCCUGUGCCGACCCCAACUUCCACGGCAAUCAUGUCGUCGUCGAUCCACAGGGGUUGCUCGUCUUCCCUUUCGCUUGUCCUCAUCUAGGUCCCCAAGGGUAUAUCGGGGAGAGCUAUGGGAGGUCGACGAUCGAGAUGGAUCGGAAGACCAAGUUCAGAGAUAUGUUGCUGAUUGUUAGAGCGAUGGGCGGAAACUUGAUUUCCAAGUCGAGGUUGGUUCAACUCGCUGUAGCCGUUGCUCUCGUCGCCCUCGUGCGUAGGAGACUUAAGUUAGGAGCGGGCGAGCACCUUGAGGAACCUUGA